AAGUGGGGUGUCAUGGCCGCGGGGGGCAGCGGCUGCACUUCCUCUGCGGGCGGCGGCGGCGGCCGGGGAGUUAAUCAUCGACGCACGGGUCGGUGUGUGUGUAUUUGUGUUCGGUGUGUGCGCUGUGAGGGGGGGUGGUGGUGGUUGUGGGACUGGGUCUGCCUGGGAAGCCGUAGCGGGGGUCGCUCUUGUGUCCUCCCCGGGGAUUUGCCGGAGCAGCCGCCUUGCCGAGCGCCUCGUCCUCCCCCCGCCUCCCGGAUCUUGGGCCGCUCUCUGGUGGCUUUUUUUUCCCCACGGGCAGGAGGGAGUGUGGACGGGGCGCCCCGGGAGGGGCCGGGCGGCAGAGCUGCGCCUCUCACUCUGUGUGUUUUGUCUGUUUUUCUCUCCCAAGGUCCCGUUUCCCUCUGUGCGGCGGCCGGCGGGACCUUAAGGGCUUAACUCAUAUAUUUAACCCCCCUCCGAAAAGGUUUCGUUGGAAGGAAUUAUGCAAAUCCUGCUUUCUGGUGUCCAUUCAGCGGCAAUUUCAUGCGGGUUUGAAAGUAUUCUUGAAGGGCUGUUUGGACCUGGAUUAUUAAAAGAUCUCAGUUUAUUUAAAGACUUUCAGCCUGAAAGCAUUUCUGAUUGGACUUUUGAUGAAAAUUGUCUAUUCUGUUGCUUGAGAAGAGAUAAAGUAAAGGGACACUUAGUCGGUCUGGAUGAACCAGCUUCGGGAGCUGGGCAAGAAGCUCUGCUUAAACAAGAGCAAGCAAAAAUCAUUCGAUUCGAGAGACAAGCAGAAGAGUUCCUCAAUGCAGUCUUUUAUAGAAAAGACAGUCCCUGGGUCUCCGACCCCAGUAUUCCCCUAGUGGCCCGUGAGAUCAUGCAGCGAAUGAUCCAACAAUUUGCUGCUGAAUAUACCUCAAAAAAUAGCUCUACUCAGGACCCCAGCCAGCCCAAUAGCACAAAGAACCAAAGCCUGCCGAAAGCAUCUCCAGUCACCACUUCUCCCACGGCUGCAACUACUCAGAACCCUGUGCUCAGCAAACUUCUCAUGGCUGACCAAGACUCACCUCUGGACCUUACUGUCAGAAAGUCUCAGUCAGAACCUAGCGAACAAGACGGUGUACUUGAUCUAUCCACUAAGAAAAGUCCAUGUGCUGGCAGCACUUCCCUGAGCCACUCUCCAGGCUGCUCCAGUACUCAAGGGAACGGUGAGAAUUCAACAGAGGCAGUAGCAGAAGAUGCUAACAAUCAGUCGAAGUCCCCACUGGAGAAGUUUAUGGUCAAAUUGUGCACUCAUCAUCAGAAGCAAUUCAUCCGUGUUCUGAGCGACCUGUACACUGAAGCUCAGCCAGACACCGAGGACCUGCGGCCUUCUGACUCAGGAGCAAUGGAUGCAUCCACUUGCAGUGUUGGUUGUGCCCAGCUAAGCACCAAACAUAAGGAAAAGGAUGUUGUAUGUCUUGAUAUGAAGCUUCCUACUUCUGUAGAUUUGUUCAUAGACCCAUCGGGCUCUCAUAGCUCUCUGCAUUUGACAGAACAGACCCUGAAGGAGCUUCCUCCUGAAACAAACUCUGUAGAUGGAAGAGAGAAUGCCCUGACUAUUGUCCAGAAAGAUUCUUCUGAACUGUCAACCACUAAAUUGAAUUCUGGUAGUUCAAUGGAUGGUCCCACUCUGGGAUACCGCACUGCAUCUAAUUCUUCCUCAUUAAACUUCCACCACAUCUCUAAAAACUUGGAGGCGCAAACCACUGGACAGGAGAAGGACACAAAUGUGAAGAUACGUGAGGAUAGUAAAGACCAUAUGCAGAGCCCAGCUUUAGUAGAAAGUCUAAUUGUAGCAAAAGUAACAGCUGAGAACAGUGAGGAGGGCAACAGCUGUAUUGUUUCUCAAAUCAAUUCAUUCAAAGCUUUAUCAGAAGAGGCUUGGGACUCAGGGUUUAUGGGAAACUCACCUAGAACUGCUGACAAAGAAAAUUCUUUACAAUGUAGCUCAAAAACACCUCUGUGCCAGGAUUUAGAGGCAAAUGAACAAGAUGCAAGGCCAAAGCAAGAGAACCAUCUUCACUCACUAGGAAGAAAUAAGAUGGGUUACCAUUUACAUCCCAGUGAUAAGGGCCAGUUUGAUCAUUCCAAAGAUGGUUGGUUAGUCCCCAAUCCCAUAUCAACGGUACACAAAGCAUCUAAUGGACAUUCACGAACCAAGAUGAUGUCAGCCUCCAUUAAGACUGCUCGGAAAAGUAAAAGGGCAUCAGGGUUGAGGAUAAAUGAUUAUGAUAACCAGUGUGAUGUCGUUUACAUUAGUCAACCAAUAACAGAAUGCCAGUUUGAGAAUCAGAGAUCAAUAUUAUCUUCCCGGAAAACAGCCAGAAAGAGUACUCGAGGAUACUUUUUCAAUGGCGAUUGUUGUGAACUUCCAACUGUACGCACACUGGCCAGAAGUGUAUACUCCCAGGAAAAAGCAAGCUGCUCAACCCUGACAUCAGAGGCAGUAGUUACUCCUAAGCAGACCCUUACAGUUUCAGCCUCUAGACCUACAGUAGACGUACAGCUUCCCAGAGAAGACAACCCUGAAGAAUCUAAGAAGGAAAUAACCACCCCCAAGGAAGGAGGCAGUGACACUUCAUCUGAAAAAGACUCUCAGGAGCCUGAGGCUUGUCCCGUAAUUAGUGAACCAAAUCAGAGCAGCCCCCCCAGGUCAAAGGAAAUCACAGCCUCCAGCCUGGGGUGGCCUCUGCCUGCUCACCUUCCUGAAGAGGACAUGCCAGAAGGUAGUUCCAUGGUCUCAGCCUCCACAGCAAGUGCGCUGUCUUCCCAUGACCAACACCAACAACCAGUUGAACUGCUCGAUACGGAGGAGAUGAGUGUUCCCCAAGACCAUCUCCUUGUUCCCUCUACUGAAAGCAUCUCUGAGGGAGGCAAUAAAGAUGUUUUUAGGCCUCAUCCUACAACAGUUAAUAGAGAGGAGGGUCCUCUUUGCCCAGAAAAUCCAAGUCCCCCAGUAGGCCUGGAGCCUCCCAUGAGUCUGGAAAGGGCUGAGGAUGACCAAAGUAUCAGUACUGAAGUCUCGCAGGAGCUAGAUACCAACCCAUCACUGAGGGAAAGCAGCAUUUUUACUAAUGAAAACCCCACUGAGGCUGAGGAAAGUGAGGCAUCAGGUGAUAUAGGAAAAUUAGAGGGAGAGGGUAGUGAGGUAAAACCUCCUUCAGAAAAAGAUAUGUGUGAUCAAAACAUUGAAUCUCCUGAAGAGAAUCUGGACAAGAAGAAAAAGGGUAAAAAAUUCCCUGAGGCAUCAGAUAGGUGCCUAAGAAGUCAACUUUCAGAUUAUUCUUCUGUUGAUAAGUGCCUAAGAAAUCAAAUUUCAGAUUCUUCUGCUUGUCCCGAGAUCAAGGUUUCUAAAAAUCCCGAUGCAAAACAUUCUGAAAAAGAAGGGUACCCUGGUGGGAUAGUACCUGAGGACUUUCCAACUGAUAAUUUCCAUACAAAAGCUCUGGAGGACACUGAAAACCCAGUAGUCGAUGAAAAUCCCUCUGAGAAAGAUCCUGAGCAGGAAGCUGAAGGAGAUGGGAUCAUCACCAGGCAAACUUGUAAAAACAUGCUGACAAAAGAAGUCAAGGGGGAAGAAGGAGAGAUUUUUACUAGCAGUGAUCCUGUAACUACAGUUGGCCAACCCCUGCUUGGAGAAAGACUGGAAAUCUGUGUUCAGUCUAAGUUAGAUGUGAAAAAUGCUCCUAUCCCCUCAGAAAGUAUUCCUUGUAAGAGAGACCCAGAACAAUCAAAAGAGAAGCCAGGCCAUAUUCCUGUACAGGAUGUGGAGAAAGUUGUGAAUGAGGUAGGUAGUGAAAACACCCAGCAUAAAGAUGAUGAUAACGAGGCACCAUCUAGCUCACUUGGGUUGUCAAGUAGUAGAAGUGGCAAUGCUGCUGGGCCGCCAAAAUUGAUGUCGAGGCCUAAAAGAUUGACUUCUUCAGCCUACAACCUAAGACAUGCUCAUUGUCUGGACUCCUUGGAUACUUCAAAAAUUACUUCAGAAAAGGUUGCUGCACAAGCAAACCCAGUCCCGAAAGAAAAUGAAGCUUCAGAGAGUGGGGAUCCCUCAGAGGAGAAUGAUAUGGGCACGGUAGUAGAUGACCAACCAAAGUUUAUGGAGUGGUGUGCUGAGGAGGAGAACCAGGAGCUUAUUGCCAAUUUCAACACUCGCUACAUGAAAGUCCAGAAGGGCUGGAUCCAGUUGGAGAAGGAAGUACAGCCAACACCAAGAACAAGGAACAGGUCAGAUAAACUGAAGGAAAUUUGGAAAAGCCGGAAAAGGUCUCGAAAAUGUAGAGGUUCAUUGGAAGCUCAAAAGUUUUCUCCUGUUCAGAUGCUGUUUAUGACAAGCUUUAAACUAUCUAAUGUUUGUAAAUGGUUCUUAGAGACAACUGAAACACGGUCUCUUGUAAUUGUGAAAAAGCUCAAUACUCGUCUUCCAGGAGAUAUCCCCCCUGUCAAGCAUCCUCUUCAGAAAUACUCUUCUUCCAGCCUGUAUCCCAGUUCACUACAGGCUGAACGCUUGAAAAAACACUUAAAGAAAUUUCCUGGAGCUACUCCCGUUAGGAACAAUUGGAAAACGCAGAAGCUCUGGGCUAAAUUUCGAGAGACUCCUGACCAAGUGGAGCCAGAGGACGGCAGUGAUGUCAGCCUAAGCCCAAACUGUGCUGAGGACAGCAUAGAGGAAGUCAAGGAAGAUAGAAAUAGCCAUCCUUCCACAAACUUGCCUACUCCUGCCAGUACCCGGAUACUUAGAAAAUAUUCCAAUAUUCGAGGAAAGCUCAGAGCCCAACAACGUUUGCUGAAGAAUGAGAAAACGGAAAGCCCCUUUGGUCUGGCCAUGGAAAGUAAACCAAGUCGGAAGAGUGUAUGCAUCAACCCUCUGAUGUCUCCCAAGCUUGCCCUGCAGGUGGGUGCAGAUGGGUUUCCUGUUAAGCCCAAGAGUCCUGAGGGAGUGAAGGGAAGGAAAGGGAAGCAGAUGUCCGAAAUCUUACCUAAAGCCGAAAUUCAGAAUAAACGAAAAAGAACAGAAGGCAGCGGCGCUCAGGACAGGUCUUUUCUCUCUAGUAAGGACAAGGGACUGGUGGUGAAAGCCAGCAAAGAAAAGCAUUUUAGUGGAUCCACCAAAACCCCUGCUGCCAAGAAGCCAACUGCAAGGGACAAAAUUAGCCAACCGCCUAAAAAGAUUUCUUUGAAAGAAAACAAAGUGAAAAUCCCUAAAAAGUCCCCUGGGAAGAGCUGCCCUCCCUCCAGGAAAGAAAAAGAGAAUACAAACAAAAGACCUCCCCAGCCUACCGCCUCAGAAACCCUGACUAAAGCUUCCAAGCAAAGGGGGACAGGUGAAUCCUCUUCAAGGCCACAGAAAGCCACAAACAGGAAGCAGAACAGUGGCAAGACUCGCUCCAGACCCUUGACAAAAAGCCCAGGAAACAGUGCAGCCCAGAGAAAGCGAAAGCUGAAUUCAGAGCUAGACUCUUCCCACAGCAAACGAAGACGGCUAGAUGCAAAGUGAUUUGAAACAUGGUAGCCAAGAAUAAAACUGUUUUAUAGAAGUAAUCCUUUAUUUUGCAUUAACUAAAUCUGCUUUUAUAAGCUUAUCAAGCCUUUCAAAUCUGCAGUUAAUGGAGAACAUCGCAAUUUGAGGUGUCAGUAUGCAUCUCAGAUAGAGAAGGGAACUUGGCAGAGUCUUUCUCAGAGGCUGAGUAUGGGAAGUUAUAUAUUAUAUUCUGGUUGUUCCUUGGGUUUUAAACUUGGAACCAAGCGGUUUUGGUUUUUAAAAGUACAGUGCCUUAUUUAUCCUUUUUGUUUUUAAAUUUACAAAAGCUAAAAAGCUGAUCUAUGUGAUUAAAGGCUUGUAUUUUAUACUUGAUGCACAAGCACUUGUACUGUAACCGAGAAGAUCACCAUCAUGCACAUAAAAGUAGCUUUUCAGCAGCCACCCUACAGCAUCUGUAUAUGGACGGAUGCUAGUCUUUGCAAACCCCAACAGUGAACUUCCCUCUCCUAUUUGUUUCUUUAAAUGAUAUUUGAAAGCUAAACCAAAUUAUUUUUAUUGCAUGUGGAGAAUGCUGAGGGGAAUUUAUAGUUAUGAAGAGUUAGUAUUUGUUGCCCCUUUUUAAAAAAUCAUAUUAAUUGUUGAUCACUCCUAUCACCUUUGAUCUUUUGAAAUUUGAGAAACUGUAUUCUAAAUUGUGUGCCCAUAGGACAACACGUGUCACGAGGUGUUUAGUAUUUGCUAUGACCUUUAAAUAUUAUUUGUACCCACAAACUGUAUUUCUUAUUCUUAGCAUCCUCUUCAAAUUUUGGCCUUGGAAGCUUCCUAGCACUCUAACAAGUUUUCAUCCUACUUUGGAAAAAAUAUGUAAGAUUUCUUUUUCAUCUUGUAGCUGUAAUAAUUGGACAAUUAUGAUGAGAGUGACUAUUCUAAUUUUCUUUCAGAGUACUUCCAUACUCAAAGAAGCCAAAAUGUUCUUUCCAGUAAUAGAAAAGUUUGAAUGUGUGUGCGUGCAUGUGCAUUGGGGUGCAUUUGCAUGUGGUUAUCAGUGACAAAUAUCCUCCCCAUCCUGCUUUUACAGGAAAAUCUUUCUUUCCCGUGUAUUGUGGGAGGGUGCUCAUGAGUUGCAUAAUUAGCAUAGGCCAGAUGGUUUAAAUGUGGUCCAGUGUCUCGAUGAGCAUCCCCAGUACCACUUUGGCACCAGACCCAGAAAGAUCUAAACAGCCAGAGUUAUGUAAAAGUCAAAGCAACCUUGCAAUUAAAAGAAGCAGCUUCAACAUCUCGUUUUGGGCCCAGACAUGACCCUUCACUCAGAGCUGAUGUUCAGCUGAUAUGCUCCAGUGUGAGUGUAGUUGUUUAGAGGGGGUGUCUAUUUUGAUUGAUUAGCACCAAACUGGUAGUUAAAUACUUGUAGUAUCACUCCUGCCCACAUCAUGUCAGGCUCUGUUCCAAGGUUCAGAAGCAAGGGCUGCAAUAUUUGUAAACGAUUUUGUUUUCCUUUCCCAAGUAAAGCCUGAGCACAUUGACUUUAAAUUCAGUGCCUAUAACAUGACUCGUUUUAACAGUGUGCCCUCAACAUUCCCAUCGGGCUCUUACGCAAAACGGCUUAGUUGUUAAGCUUCAAUCAGCUUUUGUAACGUGCUCUGUAACCAAAAUAUGCUUGUGUGGACAGCUGCUACUCUGUCCUUUCUAUUAUAAUGUUUUCCAUUUAGGUUGUUUCAGAUCUUUUUCGAUAAACCUGGAUGGAAUGUUUUUUUAAUUGCAUUAGUUCAUUCAAAUCAUGAUAAAACAGGUCUUCUACACAUUCUGUUAAUGGUUUGCUGUAUAUAAUGAAAACUUCUGAUGUUUGAAUAGAACUGAAGAAAAGCAUUUGAUUGAUGAGAAAUUGAGAAUUAUCUUGAAUUCCAUAGAUAGUGGAGCUUACAUGUGGACAUUUAUAAACAAAGCCCUGAUUUUUUUUAAAUGUUUCCUCUAUCUCAUGAGUUUUUUUCUUUGACUUUGGCCAUAUAAGAGCUACCUAUGUUAAUGAAACUGCUGAGUGUGUAUGUUGGCAAUCCUUUCUCAGCAUUAAGUUGCACAAAAGCAUUAAUAAGUCUCAAGUGGGUUCAUUUAAUCUGAAAAUAUAUGGUUUUAAAGUUUUAAAAAAUAUCUUUUCAUAUAGUUGUCACUGGAUAUUGUUUUUGUGGUGACUUACACAACUGAUGUUUGCUGAUGUCAGGUGUGCUGAUUUCUGUAUAUACGUCGCAGGAGCCCUCUUAUUUGGGUGCUUGGAUUAGUUUAGGAGAGGUGUGAGGCAGUAAGUGGGUGGAACUUUUCCAGUUCCACUUUCUAAUUCAUUCCAUUACUUUUUCUAAGUUCAUUUUCAUUUUUAAAAGCUUUCUUCAAAAUAACAAUCUUUACCAUUCUAGGCUGCAUUUAAGAAAAGGUGUCAUGUGUUUAUUUAUUUUAUACACCAUAAAUUGGAUCAUCUUUAAAAUCAGCUUAUACUUUAUAAUAAUGACUACAUUUAAAUAGAAUGGGAUUCUACAUGAUUAGGACACUGAAAGUUUAGAAUUGUUUUUGUUUUGUUUAAUCUCAUUUUUGCUGAGUCAGUUAAUUUUGCUAAUAGAAGACAGAAAGAAAGAGAAAAAACUUUAAAAAAGAAAGAAAAACUUGAGGGCCUACUUUGGAAGUCCCUUUUACACCUAAAGCAGCAGAUGCUGGCAAACCUGUCUCCCGGACACCUCCAAGCUCAGGCUUGGUGUUGACUCAAGUGUCCCCUUGUACAGACCUUGUUCCUGUAUCCAUCUUCACAGUAUGGCUCGCCAACAGACACGAAGGCAAUCUGUCCCUCACUUCAUAUUUCCAGACCAAAAAAGAAUUCUGUUCCCAGGCCUGUAUGCUGUGAAGUGACUGCCCCAGUGUUACAGCUGAAGUUGAUGACCAGAGAACACUGGUCUCCCCUCUGAGCUUCUAGAAGAGCUGGUAGACACCUGAGAAGCAAUUGCUAAAGCUCUGCUGUUGCUCCCCCAGAGCUGGGCCCUCCUCAGAAGACCCAUUUUCUAUCCCACCAGGCACCCUGGGAAUGGAAGGACAGUAGGAAGACUGCUCCCUCAGUCUGGGGUUCAGGGCCUCACUACUAGCACUUUCUCAGACAUGUAGCAAUCUUUUGCUCCUGAGGGUUCCUACAUAGGAAUGUUAUUAGUGUCUGUUUAUCAGCAAUCACUGGUCCCUUGAGCUUCUUAGCUAGGCCACUUGUAUUGUGUCUGUAUUUCAUGAAAGACUUCUACACAAGCCUUGUCUAAAAACAAACAAUAACAUUAGGCUGAGGGUUUCUUACUUCAUUGUCCACAUAGUAGUAUGGAUAGAAGAGGCGCAACUAGUUCUCCCUUUACCCAUGUGGUGCUUUCUAGUGGGAGCCUCACAUAUCCCCUGGGUGGAUCGCUCACUGUUCCAAUGGGCCGUCAGGAAAAGGCACCCCUUCAAGUUACUUUGAAAUGAAGUUUGGCCUCUUUCCUGCCUUGUAAUGAAUUUUGUGUUGAGGGCUGAAGCGGUCACUCUCAUUUAUGGGCAGCAUUCCCAUUGAUUAGUGGACCUAAGAGCCAAGUAGGAAAGGAUAGCAUGCCAUGUAAUGCAAAUGGACAGUGCUGUAGUGUCACCUUCAGCAAAUCUGAUGUCUGCUCACAACACCUGAAACUGGGCUGGCUAGGUCCUUGGGAAAAUCCCAAGGUUCUGGCUAAGUAGCCCAGGUUGCCACACCUGCUGCUUUUGGUUUUAGGUCAUCUUAGAUGAUCUGUUACGAAUCUGCAAACUGUGGGCUGGAUGCUUGUUUUUGUAAAUAAAGUUUUAUAGUGACAUAGCCACGCCCAUUUGUUCACACACUGUCUAUGGCUGCUUUUGCAUUACAACAGCAGAGUUGUGUAGUUGCAACAGAGAUCAGAUGGUCCGCAAAACCUAAAAUAUUUACUAUCUUUAAGAAAAAAAUUUGCUGACCCCUGCUUGAGAAAAUAAUCUAUUUCAGGAAAAAUAUCUCUGAUUUUUCUUCUUUUGCUUCUACCCAUUUUCCUCUCUUUCCUCUUCUUUCCUUCUCCUUCCUCCUUAUAUCAAUUUUGUUCUUUCUUUUACAUUUCUUUAUUUUUCCUUACUACAAAGGAGGCAUGUUACAUUGAUAUAGCACCUUGACUACAAUACUCUAUACCUCUCUCAGUAUCCCAUCUUCUUUCUUAAAACCAGCUAUCGCAGUAGCCAGAAUGAGGCUCCUGCUAGCCUGUAGAGUCAGAACUCAUUAACAAAUGAUUAUUUAGAGUUCUGAAAUUAUGUGGUCUACCGCCUCAUUACACUCACAUACUUAUUAUAUAGCUCAUUCUCACUUUACUUCCUGUUUAUUACUGAAGGGAGCCAAGAUUUUGUUUAUUUUAAAAUUAGUUUAGUCGACUUUAGUUGGGCUUUUACUAUGCUGACCCUCACAUUUAGAUAUGGAAAAAGUUUUCACAUAGUAGAACCAAAGUUGGGUCACAUACCCAAAGCACUGAUUAUUAUUAUAUAAUAUUUUUGGCCAGCCUCUAGGAAAAUAAAAAUGUAUUGACACUGAUUUUUUUUUCAGUCACAUACUCUCCUUUCAAACUAAUUUUAUUAAAAGUAAGCAAAAAAAAAGAGAGAGAGAACAUAGAGGAUUCAAGUGCUUUGCAAAAGAAUGAUUAAAAAAUUGGAACAUAUUCUAACCACAGCAUGACUGAAAAGUUAUGGAUUGUCUUUAGAUCAUGUCCAGUCAACUUCCAAGGUCUUAUUUGUUCCCCUUCCCCCAAAUUGAAGGGUAGGUUUCUGUGCUGUUUUUCAAAAUGAAACUGAAAAUAUCAUGUCAGUGAAAACAUUUUUUCAGUGGCUCCAAAGUAGGGAUUGUCUCAAUUGUUUUGAAACAGAUCCUAGCUAUUAAUUUUGUGGCUUAUUAUGGCUUGAUAUACACCGAAAUACUGGGAAGAAAUUUAAACAUUACAUCAUGUCUAUGAAUAUCACAUUAGCAAGCCGUUCACUCAUCCUAGCAGUACUCUUCCCCAUGCUUGCUUCCAAAUACUUUUCAAGUAAAAAAAAAAAAGGAAAAGAAAAGAAUGUUAUAUUUAAAACAAGAAGAAUUAUAGGAAUCCUUUUAAGGCAGCCUUCAAUAUAAUUCAUCCCUUAAAACAUCAGAAUAGACUUUAUAUUUUGUAGUGGCUGGAUUGGAAGACUUGAGGAUCCAAAUUCUUAAAAGAACACUGAUGCUGCCCCCAUCCAGGGCUUUGCUGUGCCAAACUGCCGGGGACCAUUUCAUGUAACAAGGGGUGCUCAGUAGGCAAGCCCCCUCAAAGUGGAGACAGCCCAUUUUAAAAAAAGAACCAGGUGCUAAUGGUUUUAAAAUAUGCCGGCAGUCUGAAGAAUAGAUUUUACUUUUUAUUAAAGGGUUAUGUAAAUUAAAAAAAAAAAAAAAAGGUGACAGAGACCGUAUGGUGUCCAUACAAUCUAAGAUAUUUACUAUCUGGCCCUUUAUAAACUUUGCUGACCCUUGGAGUAUGUCAUUUGAGAUAAAAUUGUUGAACAAGUAUGAAGGUUUAUUUUUUCAUGUAGCCCAUCACUGGAACAUUUCCUAACUUUUUGAAUUGACAGAAUCUUGUCUAUUCAUCUCAGUACACAGCUGCUGUUGCAUUUUUCCUGAAUGAUCCUUACCUCUUAGAAAAAAGAAUAAAAUAUCUGAAUAUUUGUUGAUGAAUUGUAGACAUAGAGAUCUGUCUACUAGGGUAUGAAGUUAAAACUAAAAGCAUGAAGUCUUUUAAGCCAAAAGUACAGUCUUCUUCAUUUUGAUGGAUUGGGGUGAACUUGACUCUCGAUGGAGAGACAUUCCACUACAGCAGGACUCGAAACAAAAGAUUUACUGACAAACUUAAAAUCUUGAAUAGUGCCUUUCCCCAUCAAGCGCAGAGCAUGUACCCUCCAUUUCUCUUUCUGAUCUAGUAUAUUUGAAGGUUCAUCACUUCCCAAGCUUUUUUCAUUACUUGUGAACAUAAACGGCUAGUCUUUGCCUGUUUGAACCUAGAGUCUAGACCACAUGUUCUCAGCGCUCUCAAAAAUACCAGCAUGUCAGUGGCACUCCGUCAGCACACCAGCAGCUGUGAAGGAAGGAGUUCAGGGCCCUUGGGCCUGGCAAGUGAAGCCCGACCCUCAUCAGGCCAGACUCAUCUCCUCAUGAGGAGCGGCCCUUGGCACCUUGUUCUUCCUCUUCCCUUACUUGUCCUCUCUCACCACCAGCCCCUUCCAGGAGCGUCUUCUCUGAGACCUUCUCCCACCUCCCAGCGCUUCACUGAACGCAUAGAGUCACAUUAGAAGCAUUUUUCUGAAUUCAUGACUUUCUUUUCCUUCUAGUAUUUAGCUGUUGUGUUCAAAUGCUGAUCAACUUAUUAUCUUUUUUUAAAACCCCAAUUAUUUUCUAUAAUCUACACUCCUGUUGUCUCAUAGCUAAAGGUGUAGUAUUUGGGAGCUAGUUAGUAGAAAAGAUGCUGUACAAACAAGACUUGCAUAAUUUUGUAUAUUUAUACCACAGGUAGGGACUAUUUUUAGAGCCACUAUAGCCUAAGAUACUUGGUUCCAUCAAUGGUUUCCGCAUUUUUAAUAGUUCCAAGAGACUGUGUUAGUGAUUAUGGUUUCAACUACAUAUAUAAUAUAUAUUUAUAUGUAACACUGUGGAAUUUUGUUCACUGUGUAAAUAGUGGUAUUUUGCUGUUUAAAUGCUUCUAUAGAAAAUAUUUAUUUUAACAAAAAAUUAUCUUUCAAAAGGGCUUUCUAAAAAAAAAAGAAAGUGUUCUUUCUGACCACUCAUUCUCCCCGACUACCAUGCUCAGCCAUUACACCCCCAUACAAUUCAGUGAAGGAAGAAAGGUGAAAUCUCUCACUGUAUUUGGGCAGAUACAGUGUGGAUGGGGAAAAGCUUCCACUGUCACCCAUCUAAGAACAAAGAGGAACUCCACCAGGGUAUGGUCUGUGCCAGGCAUGGCAUCAGGGCUCACCUCAGGCAGCCUACUUCUUGCAUGCACAGUUGGUAUAUUCAACUGUACACUUCAACAGCCUGGACAGGGAAGUGAGCCUUAAUUGUAGGUAGCUGCCACAGAAAUGGAUAUGGGAUAUGGAGAAACCACUGGUUGCCUAAAAAAAGCAUUAAAAUGUGUUCCCAGUGUCUAUCUCCCCCACCCCCACCCUUUCAUGUUUGUGAAAGACACUUAACCACACUCUCACUAACAAUGAGAGAGAGCAUGCUACCUUCUGAAUCUUGACAAUAUUCAAGAGCAUCUCAGCUCUCCUCCUCCUCCUCCUUCCUGUCUCAGCAAGCAUCUGUGCAGAUGUGGGCCAGACCAUCUGUUCUAAGAUGUGUUCAGCUUUACUUCUCAGGAGUCCUGGUCUGCAUUUCAGAGCACCCCUAGAUGUAAUGGAACUAAUGCUUUACGAUCAUGUUCUUCCCGUGCCUCAUUCCUGGGGUCCCCUGUCUGAGUCAUGAUUCUCAUUCUGCCCUGCUGGCUGGAUUGAAAAUGGCAAUUCCAGGGCUGCAGCAGCUUUAGGAUCAUGAGCACACAGGGAAUUUUGUCAUCUAUUUAAACCAUAAUCUGCAUAUUUCCUUAUGGCCUCCUUUUGUCUUUUCUAAAUCAACGAGGAGGACGCUUGAAAAGUAAUGCUGGAGAAUGUUUUUUCUAAGAUACUCUUUGUAAACAAAUCUGAUUUUAAGGUGAAAUGUGAAUGGGUAAUUAGGUGCCAGGGAAUUUAGCACUGAACUAGACGGUCAAAACUUUUUUUAACUUUGCAGGAAGAAAUAAAUUUUGCUCUCCUCUAAAUAUUCACAAGAAGUAAUGUUGUAAAUAGUUUUUUUUUAAAUAUUUAUUACAUGUGCUGUAUACAGAUUCAUGUUCGGUGGUGAUGCUGGUUUGCAUUCUAGUAUUGUAGAAGAAUAUACCUUGAGCAGUGGACUUCCUUUUCAUAACACAGUUCACACAUGGAGAAAGAACAAAAACCAGCAGGUUGAGAGCUAUCUGGGGUGUUUGAUCUGUGAUAUUACAUCCAAGCUUUAACUGGCCCCUCCUCUCAUCUGGUUAUGUUAUAUAUUAUACACACACACAUACACGUAUGUAUGAAAAACUGGUCAGUGGUCAGUACUCAGCGCUCCAGAGCAGAUUUCCGGGUGUUCUUUCUGAUGUGUUGCCCAUAAGCAAUAAGAUCCUAGGUAAUAACGUUUAUUCUGGGGUCCACAUUGGCCCUUGUCUCAGAGAAUAGGGUAGGGGUAGAACAGCUCUUGCUAAGACCUCUUGCCUUUGCCGGAGAGGUUGCUGUACUUGAAUUUUUACUUUUGUUUGUCUGCACGCUCCUUCAUGUCAUAAAAAUCUAGCAGUAGAUGAGAAAUAUGCCAGUACCAGACAUAUCAAAAAUUCAGCAUAUCCAUUGAAAAAGUUAGUGACUUUGCAUGAUUGUGUAGGGUUUCCAGAAUCUAGUAGAGGCAAAGCUCAGUUGGCUAUUGAGUAAAUUCAUGAACUUUUUCAUUAGAAAUUUACAUGGCCAAUUACAUGUCCUUUGGCUAUAUUUGACCUAUGUUUAAAGGCAAUAUCAUUUACCAUAAGCCUCCUUGGUGCCUGGGUUUGAAAUGUCUCAGCCCUCUGUGUCUGGAGUUAAACCAUCUAAGUCAAUAUAAAGAGGACUGUCACUCUUCUGUAUUUCCCAGCGUAUCCAAUUCCACAGGUUCCCAAGCAGUUUAGCAGCCUCUCCUUGAGACCGUCCUAAACUUUGUGAAAAAUAAAUUCUCCACAGCCAGGUAACCAAUUAGUAGAAGUAAUGUAGUUUUUUUAGGCUUUUGGAAUGUUUCUUCUCUUUUGUAUUUAUGAUGGUAUUUGGAAUUUUUCACUAGUGUUUUUUAGAUUGAAGUGGGUGCAUUAGGAUAAAACUUUUCCUUUGCUGAGCCCAAAAGCAAGCAAGAGGAAAGAAAUUGACCUAUAUUGCAUCACUGGGGAGGUGACUACUUUUUGUGGUGGUUGGGGGGGGGGGGGUACUUUGUAGAUUACAUGAGGUAAAAUAGAAUUCUCGCCUGAGGCUCCCCAAGAUUUAUUACCCUGUAAUAAAUAAUCCCCUUAUUAACCUCACUUAAUCUCAAUAGAAGCCUGCUGUUUACCCUCAGGGAACAAGUAGUUUUCAAAAUUGAGCUCCUCCAAGGUCAUUGGCCAAUGCUGGGGUGCUGGCAUUGGUCGUUUUGUGAACUCAUGGCAUUAUUUCCCAUAUGCAUUAUGAUAUUAAGAAAUUCAACCCCCACCUGUAUGAAAAGCACAGCCCAGGGUCCUAAUCUAGGCUAGAGUUAAUGCCUUUGAGGGGCCAGGGGGUCAUAGGAGGCCCAUGCAAUUUCACUGAAGCUCAGGUGCCGUGUUGGAUUUUUAUUCUUUUUAGGCCGGGACCCUUAAGAAUGAGUUUAGGACGGGGACUGCUGAUCCACUAUGGAUUCAGGGAGCUCUAGCAUGAAUCUCUACCGUUCCUAUAAAGGUCUUUCUGGUUCCUCCCAGUGUCAUUGCCAAGGUCAAUCUCAUAGUUGUUCAGAUGUGCUCCUUUUUGCUUGCUGUCUUGUGAGUCUUAGCCAGUGAUCCAGAUGCCCAAGGACAAAGCCUCUGGAGGACCUUGCCCCUUCCUGGUACCAGGUACGUGCUUCUGACCUGUGUGAAGGUGGACUUUCCAAAAGCAGUGAAAUGAGAACUUCUGUGGAUGGAUAAUCCAGAAGACAGCACGUAUCUCUUGGGCCUGGAUUUCUACUAUGUUAGUGAGUGUAGGAAAAUACUGUGUCUUUAAUGGAUGAAAAUUCAAUGUAUGCUGUGAAUUUGCUGGUUUGAAACAUUGAAAAUUUUUCAUUAGACAAUGUUUACAUACCUCACCUAAAGAACCUUUGAGAGUGUAUAUAUGAAAUUUAAAAAUAUAUUAAGUUGCUUUAAAACAAUAUGUAUAGCUAUAAAAGUUGGAGUUAUUUUAACUUUGAAUAUGUACCAAGUCUCUUAAAUAUUGAAAACUUGUGGACUCUUUGUGCAUCUGCGUUUUACUUUCCUAUUAGGCCAUGUAGGAAACUGUGUUCUUGUUCUUGGUAAAGGGGCCUUCACUGAAAUCCAAGCUUGGAAGGAUUUCCUUUGUUGUUGAAGAUUUUCUUGCUUGAUUUUGAGGGAUGGCUUAUGGAGCUAGAGGAUGUGUGGGAGGGAUUUAUCUAACAUUGACAUCUGUUCCAUGAGUUUUUUUCAAGGCGCUUAUUUUAUUGCAGCGUAUUAAACUUCUUUGAUAUUAAA